AUGGCUUCGACUGAAUUUGAGCGAAAACCUCGUUCACUUAAAGAAGUUUUACGAUGGAAGGCAACCGAAUUUUGCCAAUAUUUAUUGUAUAUAGGUGCUGCUAUUUUACAUAAUGUGCUUCUAAUUGAUUUGUAUAAUAAUUUUAUGCUGUUAUAUGUAGCCACAUUUCUUUUAGCAAGUCCAACUUAUUGUGUAUUUAGAUGUAAUUAUUCUGAAACUUUAUUAAUUAAUUUUGUUAACCAUUUUGGACUUUUGUAUGGCCAGGAAAUGAUCGUUUACAAUGUUCAUAGUUUAAUCCAUUUGGCUGAUGAUGUUCAACAGCAUGGAACUUUAGAUAAAAUAUCUGGAUUUCCAUAUGAAAAUUACUUGCAGCAUUUAAAAAAAAUGAUGAGAAAACCACAACAUCCUUUAGCUGAAAUUAUUCGUAGGCAGUCAGAAUGUGAUGAUGUAAUAAAUGACUUUUAA